AUGCCCGAGCCAGCCAAGUCCGCCCCAGCGCCCAAGAAGGGCUCCAAGAAAGCCGUCACCAAGGUUCAGAAGAAGGACGGCAAGAAGCGGAGGAAGAGCAGGAAGGAGAGCUAUGCCAUCUAUGUCUACAAGGUGCUGAAGCAGGUCCACCCCGACACCGGCAUCUCCUCCAAGGCCAUGGGCAUCAUGAACUCCUUCGUCAACGACAUCUUCGAGCGCAUCGCAGGGGAAGCCUCCCGCCUGGCUCACUACAACAAGCGCUCCACCAUCACCUCCCGGGAGAUCCAGACCGCCGUGCGCCUGCUGCUGCCCGGAGAGCUGGCCAAGCACGCCGUCUCCGAGGGCACCAAGGCCGUCACCAAGUACACCAGCGCCAAGUGA